UCAGCAACACUGCUCUCACGACACUGGACAUAGCAACAGGUCAGUGGGUACUAUAUGGCGUUCUAGCAUUCACCAUGGAGUGUGACGGCAUUGACCUGAAAAGAGCAGAGCUAUUUUCAUUCUGACAUUCUGACUUUCAUUCUCUUCACCUUUAUUCCUACCAUCUGGCUGUUGGGAAAGUUAGGAUAGGACAAUGUGAGGAGAUACUACAGCAGCAUGGCGACGCACAUCCUGUGGUGUGCGUUUGCAUGGACAUUCAAGGGUCUGUUAUGUACCUGCAGGUUCUUCUGGGUGAGCCCAUACUACUCAAUCAAAUACAUGCCCAAUGAACCUCACAGAACAGGGAAGGAUCAAGUGAAACAAAAAACAGGCUCAGCGAAUCAGGAAAUACCAGGAAGUCAUGAUAGCAGUGCCAUGCAGAGGAGACUGUCCAAAGCUGAGAGGGAGAUUCAGGCCCUAAAGACCCAGAUCACCUUUGAGAGGGCAACAUGGGAGAGGAAGUUUGUGGAACUGCAGGUGAUACAGCAGGACCUUCGUUAUCAGCUGAUCUCUGAGACUGUAGCCAGGCCUGGAAGUUUACCUCAGGUGGGCAGCUUCGAGGACCUUGGCGAGUCAGAGGUGGACAACAGACAGUCGUAUGAUGGAAAGGACCAGGACAGCUCAAGCAGCCAUUCCAACCGAAGCAAAGGGUCUGCGAGGAUGUCAUCAACAGGCGACACAUGCCAAAGCAGCUUGUCUGGCAGCCAGGUCUCAUUGAACUCAGCAUUUGGCUUCAGACCCAUUUCUGCUCUGUCUCCAGCCACCAGUGGGAGCUCCUGGAGGAGCUACACCGGUCCACACCGGGUCUUUGUGCCUCACUCCCCCCUGGACCUGCAGACGGGACACCGGGUUCGAGUCCUGCUGCCCUCGGGACGGAUCAGCACAGGCACGGUUCGUUACCUGGGCCACCUGGAGGGGGAGCCAGACUUCCAUAUGGGAGUGGAGCUGGAAUCACUUGAACACGGGCAGCAAGAUGGCACACACAGGGGACAGUGCUACUUUGAAUGCAAGGCUGGCCACGGUGCCUUUGUGCCAUUCACCAAGCUGUUGAUGGCCUGGGAGUGAUGACAUCACAGUCUCUAUGGUGGAGGGUCACAUCUGGAUAUUUCAUAUGGACUCUUUGGCAUCAAUUACGAAUGGUCUCUAAAAGUAAACUUACACUACUGGUCAAAAGUUUUAGAACACCUUCUCAUUCAAGGGUAUUUCUUUAUUUUUACUAUAUUCUACAUUGUAGAAUACUAAAACUAUAUAAUAACACAUAUGGAAUCAUGUAGUAACCAAAAAAGUGUUAAACAAAUCAAAAUAAAUUUUAUAUUUGAGAUUCUUCAAAUAGCCACCCUUUGCCUUGAUGACAGCUUUGCACACUGCAUUCUCUCAACCAGCUUCACCUGGAAUGCUUUUCCAACAGUCUUGAAGGAGUUCCCACAUAUGCUGAGCACUUGUUGGUUGCUUUUUAUUUACUCUGCGGUCCGACUUAUACCAAACCAUCUCAACUGGGUUGAGGUCGGGGGAUUGUGAAGGCCAGGUCUUCUGAUGGAGCACUCCAUCACUCUCCUUUGUGGUAAAAUAUCCCUUACACAGCCUGGAGGUGUGUUAGGUCAUAAAUCACAGACAGUGUCACCAGCAAAGCACCCCCACAACAUAACACCUCUUCCUCCAUGCUUUACGGUUGGAAAUACAAAUGCGGAGAUCAUCCGUUUACCCACACCGUGUCUCACAACGACACGGCGGUUGGAACCAAAAAUCUCCAAUUUGGACUCCAGACCAAAGGACACAUUUCCACUUGUCUAAUGUCCAUUGCUUGUGUUUCUUGGCCCAAGCAAGUCUCUUCUUCUUAUUGGUGUCCUUUAGUAAUGGUUUCUUUGCAGCAAUUUGACCAUGAAGGCCUGGUUCACACAGUCUCCUCUGAUCAGUUGAUGUUGAGAUGUGUCUGUUACUUGAACUCUGUGAAGCAUUUAUUUGGGCUGCAAUAUCUGAGUCUGGUAACUCUAAUGAACGUAUCCUUUGCAGCAGAGGUAACUUCCAUUCCUGUGGCGGUCCUCAUGAGAGCCAGUUUCAUCAUAGCGCUUGAUGGUUUUUGCGACUGCAAUUGAAGAAACAUUCAACGUUCUUGAAAUGUUCCGUAUUGACUGACCUUCAUGUCUUAAAGUAAUGAUGGACUGUCGUUUCGCUUUGCUUAUUUGAGCUGUUCUUGCAAUAAUAUUGCCUUGGUCUUUUACCAAAUAGGUCUAUCUUCUGUCUAACACAACUGAUUGGUUGAAAUACAUUUUAAGAAGGAAAGUACUUCCCCAAAUGAACUUUUAAGAAGGCACAUCUAUUAAUUGAAAUGCAUGAGGUGACUACCUCAUGAAGCUGGCUGAGAGAAUGCCAAGAGUGUGCAAAGCUGUCAUAUAUUUUGAUAUGUUUAACACUUGUUUGGUUACUACAUGAUUCCAUAUGUGUUAUUUCAUAGUUUUUAUGUCUUCACUAUUAUUCCACAAUGUAGAAAAUAGUACAAAUAAAGAAAAACCCUUGAAUGAGUAGGGGUUCUAAAACUUUUGGCCCGGAAAAUGUAUAGGCACGAGUUUAUUCGGAAUAUGGCACCCCUGAUGUAUCUACUGUACAACCAACAUGCUUCAAAGAUCAUAGAAGUGUCAACAUCGGCCCUGUAUUAAAGACCAACAUUGGCAAAAGAAAAAGAGAACAAAAUUGUGAAUACUAUAUACAGUAGUAUAUGCUGUACAUGUAUACAGUGGUAUAUGUGGGAUGAGCACUAACAAUGUUGUCUUUGUGUUAAAGAAAUAAAGUAACAAUCUUGUAGCAUCAACUAGUAUUAGCUUAUUAUGCGUUUCGAUAAAUGUACACUAUACAGUAUAUCUUGCCAAUAGAAACAUUUGGUAUUAUGGAUGUGCAAUAAACAUUUAGAGUCUCCCAAUGACAAAUACUAGAACAUACAGUGCCGUGAAAUAGUAUUUGCCCCAUUUCUGAUUUGAUCUAUUUUUUGCAUAUUUUUGAUACCGAAUGUUAUCAGAUCUUUAACCAAAACCUAAUGAUAGAUAAAGGGAACCUGAGUUGACAAAUAACAGCAAAAAUGUAUACUUAUUUGAUUUACUUAAUUAACAAAUUUACGGCGCACCCAAAGUAAUAGCCCCCUUACAUUCAAUAACUGGUUGUGCCACCUUUUGCUGCAAUGAUCAGUCUCUCACCUUUUGCUGCAAUGAUCAGUCUCUCACCUUUUGCUGCAAUGAUCAGUCUCUCACCUUUUGCUGCAAUGAUCAGUCUCUCACCUUUUGCUGCAAUGAUCAGUCUCUCACAUCGCUGUGGAGAAAUGUUGGCCCACUCUUGCAUGCAGAACUGCUUUAAGUCCCAUUUGUGGGUUUUCAAGCAUGAACUGCUCAUUUCAAGUCCUGCCACAACAUCUCAAUUGGGAUUAGGUCUGGACUUUGACUAGGCCAUUCCAAAACUUCAAAUUUGUUUCUUUUUAGCCAUGUUCAUGUAGACUUGAUUGUGUGCUUUGGAUCAUUGUCUUGAUGCAUGACCCAGCUGCACUUCAGCUUCAGCUAACAGAUGGGUGACCUGACAUUCUCCUGUAGAAUUCUCUGAUACAGAGCAGAAUUCAUGGUUCCUUCUAUUAAGGCAAGUUGGCCAGGUCCUGAGGCAGCAAAGCAUCCCCAAACCAUCACACUACCACCACCAUGCUUGACCGUUGGUAUGAGGUUCUUACUGUGGAAUGCAGUGCUUGGUUUUUGCCAGACAUAACGGGACCCAUGUCAUCAUUAUAAAUAUAUAUACAGUAUAUAUAUAUACUUUUGACUCUUCUGUCCAUAGAACAUUCUUCCAAGAGUAUUGAUGAUCAUCCAGGUGCUUCCAGACAAACUUGAGACAACUUUUUGGACAAGAUGGGUCCCAUUAUGUCUGGCG